GCUAAUUUUUGUUUUUGUCUUGAAAGGGUAGUCUUUAGUUGGUGGAUUUAUUGUGUCGACAGUCCAAUAAGACUUGAUCGUGAAAAUCAACUGAAAAAGAAGAAGAAAAAUUGCAUCUUUGUGUGGGGGGGGUGUUCAUUAGAGUUUGUUAUGAUGCUUUGUUUAAAGCCUGAAGCUUUGGAUGAUGAUCAUCAUCAUCCUCAAAGUCCUAAUGCUGAUAGUAUCAAUGGCAAUAACGGGGGCUCUGUUCUACCAAUCAACUGGGGAAGUUCUAUUAAUAGAUAUCUGCAAUGGAAAAGUGGCAAGGUCUGGAGCAAGUCAUUGUCAGCUGGCGAUGAGUCAUGUAACUCGUGUUCUGAGUCGGAGGAAAGGAGUGGACAAGAGACAAGUCAGCAGGCGUGUGAUUAUAAACACCAGCUUGAGCAAGAAGUUAAAAGGUUGCAGCAGCAGUUGCAGGAAGAGACCGAUUUGCACUUAGCUCUAGCAAGUGCUGUUGAAAACUGUGGUUCACCUUCUACUAGUUCUCCGGGCGAGCUUCCAGAUAAGGCCCGGGAGCUUUUAGAUAGCGUAGCUGCUCUGGAGAUUACUGUAUCAAAGCUUGAGGAGGAAUUUGUUUCUUUACAAUAUCGACUUAGUCAGGAGAGGAACGAGCGACGUCUUGCUGAGUACCAUUCAAAGCAUUUGCCGUGUCACACAACAUCACGUUUGAGUAACUCUCUGGGUUACGUAACCGAAUCGAUUGCAAGGGUAUGCAAUGAAGAAGAAGCAGAAGAAAACACGGACGACAUGCCUCUGCCGGAGGCUUUUAUCGAUAGCAAUUAUAUUGUGGAAAACCUUUGGCAUCAUCCCAAUCAGCUAGCCAAAGAAAUGUUCCGGCGUAUGAGAGACAUUUUCGUUUUCUUAGCAGAUUCAUCCAAGCUUUCUUCUUCUUCUUCGGUGUCACCCGCUUCACCUCAUUGUCCCCUUGCCAAUUUUUUGGCAUCUUCCUUGGACUCACCCGUUGUAACUUCCUUAGUAAGCAGUCUCCCGGGAGGUGGUGCAUUUGAUCCAUAUGAAGUCACCGACAAAGUCGACUGGAGAUGUAACAUUGGGACCUACAGCAAGGCAGUUGAAGUCUCGAGGUUGUCUGUCGGGAAGAAAGAACUCGAAUAUGCCGCUACGGCUCUAAAAAGAUUCAGAUUGCUUGUUGAGCAGUUGUCCAUGGUGGAUCCGUCUCGAAUGAGUUACAACGAGAAACUGGCAUUUUGGAUUAACCUGUACAAUGCGUUGAUUAUGCAUGCAUAUUUGGCAUACGGAGUUCCGAGAAAUGAAAUCAAACUAUUUUCCCUAAUGCAGAAGGCUGCGUACACGGUUGGAGGACUCUCGGUGAGUGCUGCUGACAUAGAAUGCACCGUUCUAAAGAUGAAUCCGGCUACUUAUCGGCCACAAAUCGCUGCAGUUUUCGCACUUCAGAAAUUCAAGGCUUCCGUCGAGCUGCAGAAGUAUACCAUCGAUCACCCCGAGCCUCUGCUUCAUUUCGCUUUGAGUUGCGGGUUGCAUUCUUCACCUGCUGUUCGAAUCUUCAGUCCCGAAAACACGAACGAGUUGCUAAAACAAUCGAUGGAAGAUUACAUCCGGGCAUCCGUUGGCAUAAGCAACAAAGGGAAGCUAUUGGUGCCAAAACUGUUGCAUUGUUUCGCCAAAGGAGUCGUGGAAGACUCGGUUUUACCCGAAUGGAUUUGUCGAUUCUUGUCGCCGCGGCAAGCUUCCAUGGUUAGGAGCUGUUUAUCACGCAAUAAGUGGAGGCUCCUCGGUGCUCGAGUCUUCACUGUCGUACCCUUUGAUUCAAGGUUCCGGUAUCUCUUCGUAUUGGGUGAUGAUCGGAGCAGCCGGCCUUCGAAAUCUAAAGUUUUGGAAGACAGCGUGCUUUGAGUACCGGAAGCAACG